AAUGAUGAAAUGGCUUCUGUUGAUAGCAAGUUAUUUAGCUAUAAUAGCUAUAUAUUUCAAUAGUGAUAAUAUGUCUAGUACAUCGAGCUCAUUGAGAACUCUGCUGGUUAUCGCACACCCGGAUGAUGAAGUAAUGUUCUUUGGUCCUACUCUCAAUCAUUUUAGACGAAAAGGAGAAAAUCUACAUGUUCUCUGUCUCUCAAGUGGGAACGCCGAUGGAUUGGGCAACAUUCGCGAGCAAGAGCUCUAUAGUAGCCUAAGCGUCUUAGGAGUGCAACCUGAUAACGUCAACUUGAUAGAAAAUGCACAUCUGCAAGACGGCAUGGAUAAGAGCUGGCCUGAAGAAUUAAUAGCGAAUGUAGUAGUAGACUACGCGAAAGUGCACAAUAUAGAUAGGAUAUUGACAUUCGAUAAGGAGGGAGUAUCCUCACAUCCUAACCACAAGAGCAUUCACUGGGGCACCAAGAGAGUAGACUUAGAGAAGUGCACCCUCAGAACACAUAGUAUACCAAUGAAAUACUCAAUGUUUAGUAUCCCACCAGAGAAGUCUAGUUUGACGAUCUUCAGCAGCUUUGGGGAUUACAUCCGCUCAAUAGGAGGUAUGAUGCGACAUAAGUCCCAAUUGGUAUGGUUUAGGGUGUUAUAUAUCCUCACUAGUAGAUAUAUGUGGAUUAACGAGUUUGACUGUAAUUAAGAAAAAUGCAUCAAA